UGACGACACCAGCUAUACCUGACCGCCCGUACUGGUCCCAACUGAUGCUCCCAACUGAAGAUGUCACCCCAGUUGGGAGUUGGGACAUUCCACAUCUUCUCAAACAAUGACCAUGUCAAAUGGCACGGAUGCAGGCACAAUACGCAUGCAUAUGCCACUGCUGCCCAGUGCAUGUGGAGGGAUAUAUGCAAUCCUAGAAGCGUUCCACGGUUGUAUCAUACGUAAGAUGGCCGUGCUUCCUCCCCCAUGCUGUUCCUCGUUCCUCACAGCACUGAUGCUGCUCCUGUUCCGUCCAUCUCCAGCGUCGCCUCACGCUUUCUUCAUCUUCGGCGACUCCCUCGUCGAUGCAGGCAACAAUGACUACCUCGUGACCCUCUCCAAGGCCAACGCCCCGCCAUACGGUGUCGAUUUCUCGUUCUCUGGUGGCAAGCCAACGGGGAGAUUCACAAAUGGGAGGACCAUUGCAGAUGUCAUCGGUGAAGCCCUGGGGCAGGACACCUUUGCUCCACCCUACUUGGCUCCAAACUCAAGUGCUGAAGUGAUCAACAGUGGAGCUAACUAUGCUUCUGGUUCUUCUGGCAUUCUGGAUGAGACUGGUUCUUUUUACAUUGGAAGAGUGCCUCUAGGACAGCAAAUCAGCUACUUCGAGGAGACCAAAGCUCAGAUAGUGGAGAUCAUGGGGGAGAAAGCUGCGGCUGAGUUCUUGCAGAAGGCGCUCUUUACAGUAGCCGUUGGAUCCAAUGACAUUUUGGAGUAUCUCUCACCUUCAAUACCGUUCUUUGGACGACAGAAGUCUGAUCCUGCAGUUUUUCUGGAUACCCUGGUUUCUAACUUGGCAUUUCAUCUCAAGCGGCUGAACGAACUGGGGGCCAGAAAAUUUGUCAUUGCCGAUGUCGGGCCACUCGGUUGCAUACCGUACGUUCGUGCUCUGGAGUUCAUUCCUGCAGGGGAAUGUUCAGCAGCCGCGAACAAGCUCUGCGAAGGUUACAACAAGAGACUGAAGAGGAUGAUCAACAAGCUGAACCAGGAGAUGGGUCCGAAGAGCGUGUUUGUCUACACGAACACGCAUGACAUCGUGAUGGGUAUCAUUCGGCGGCACGGCCAAUACGGUUUCGAUAAUGCGCUGGACCCUUGCUGCGGCGGCAGCUUCCCUCCGUUCCUCUGCAUCGGCGUGGCCAACUCGAGCUCCACCCUGUGCGAGGACCGCUCAAAGUACGUCUUCUGGGACGCGUUCCACCCGACCGAGGCCGUCAACUUCAUCGUCGCCGGUGAAAUCGUCGACGGCGACGCCGUCGCUGCUUGGCCCAUCAACAUCCGGGCGCUGUUCCAGUAUUAG